AUGUCUUACCAAAUUGCCUACGACAAAGCCCGCGCGCCAGCCCGUGGCGCCGCCAUCGUCGCGUUCAUGGAGGACUUCUACCGCACCAGCGACACCGAGUCCCUGCACGAGAAAUACGUCCAGAGCUUCACCGAAGACGCGACGCUAAUUAUGGGACCGAAGGAAGCCAAGGGCGCCAGUGAGAUCUUGCCUCUCCGACACGGACUUUGGGCACACGUUGCAUCGCGGAAGCACACCCCACAGCGCAUCUUUUUCAGCGGUGAUGACGAGAUCAUGCUCUACGGGGGAGUCAACUAUAGACUCAAGGCGAACCCGGAGAACGAUGUGUAUGUGCCUUGGGCUGGACGAGUGGUAUUUGAGCCGGCGAAGGAGGGCGAGGCAGUGAAGAUGCAAUUCUAUCAGGUAUAUCUGGAUCCCUCGGCGCAGUCGGCUCUGACUACUGAACACGAUCGCGUCAUCUGUGUCUGA